CAUAUUUACGCAGGCGCAGAGCAGUUGUUGUCAUCGAUACAAACAUUGAAUAUUUCACAUGCUGAACGUCCUCCUAUUAUAUUUGGAUUUUAUAAUACCGCCUAUUGGAAUCUAAAAUAACGCCUAAUAUGAAUAUGGUUUGGGAUAAAUGAUUUAUUUUAAGCAAGGAUUGCAAGAAACAACGUAACACAAUGGAUGACUAUGAAUAUGGUGGUACAGGUGGGGCCUACAUGUCAAUGCCAUACCAUAACUCGGAGGCAGUGCGUUUCUCCAUGACUGCUCCCAACAUGGCCACCUUCUAUGUGAAGGAAUCCUACACUACAAAUGUCUUGAGAGAACCUAAUUAUAAUGCAUAUGCUAGCUAUGGGAGGAGAACAAGACCAGCCUCAGCACCGGUGAGAGCUUAUACCACAUUACCAUGGAGACAGUCUAGUCACAUCAGCCCCAGGGAGAAAUACACCAGUGAUUCACAGAGAUAUAUGUCUUCACCCUCAGACCUCGUGAGACGUGCACCAUAUGCUCCUCGUACAAGAGAAAGUUUCUCUGGGUCUGCUGCAGGGAGUCCAAUGUUAGAUUAUGGUAAAACAAUUGGCAUUCCAAACUAUAACUCCAUAUGUGAUCCUCACCUCACUGAAUAUUUUCAACGCAAAUUUGGUGCUCCAAGACCUCCUUCAGGUAUUCGCCCUAGAUCACCCCGUGGCAAACAAUACUCAUACGCAGGCAGAGGCAACAAGAGUCCUCGAGGUGCUAAAGCUAAGAAGGGGGAUGUUCUGUAUAAAGUGGCAGUUACAACAGGUGACAAGAAAAAUGCAGGGACUAGUGCUAAGGUAUAUCUCAGGUUAAAAGGUACAAAAGGCAAAAUUCCUAAAACCAGACUCACCAAGAAGGCAGGGUCAGUUAAGAAAACCAAGGCAGUAUCUUUCAGGUUUAAUAAGGGAACCACUCAUAUCUUCAAAAUCAAAGGUGCAGAUAUUGGAGAUCUCAAGUCUCUUUCCAUAGAGCAUGAUGGGUUGACCAAAGAAGAUAGCUGGUUUUUGCAAGAAAUUGAGGUGGUGAACACUGCUAACAAGAAAGCCUGGCUCUUCCCCUGUUCUCAGUGGUUGUCACUGUUUGAAUCUGACUGUCAACUCAGCAGGGAACUUUACCCAAGGAGGCACACAAAGACUGAAUAUGAGAUAGUGACAGUGACAGGGGACUGUAAGGGUGCUGGCACUGAUGCUCAUGUCUAUAUCACUAUCUACGGCAAGAGUGGAGUGACUCCUAAAUUACAACUGAAAAAUAACAGCAAGGACUGCUUUGAGAGGAGCCAAAGUGAUAUCUUCCAUGUGAAAACCAGCUGUGUUGGGCCCAUGGAAAAGAUAAGGAUAGAACAUGACAACCUUGGUCGUGCCCCGGGCUGGUUUCUGGAUAGAGUUGUUGUCACAGACCAGAAACAUCCCAAGUGGAAAUAUUUCUUCCCCUGUAACCAGUGGCUGGCCAAGGAUGAGGGCGAUGGACUCAUAGCAAGAGAUUUGAUGGGGAGUAAAGACCCCAUGGCCAUAAGAAAAGCCAACAAGUACAGAAUAACAGUGUUCACAGCAGACAGAAGAGGUGCAGGCACAGAUGCUAAUGUUUACAUGACCCUGUUUGGUGAAAGUGGAGACACUGGAGAGAGAAAACUGGACAACUCUAAUAAUAACUUUGAAAGAGGACAGAAAGAUGAGUUUCUAAUAGAAAGUCCCAACCUUGGUCCCUUGAAGAGGUUGAGAGUAGGACAUGACAAUAAGGGCUUCUCGGCAGGCUGGUAUCUGGAUAAGAUUAUAGUAGAUGAUCUAGACCAGAGUAAAGUGUAUGAAUUCCCCUGUGACAGAUGGCUGGCCAAAGAUGAAGAUGAUGGUCAGAUAUCCAGGGAACUACUAGUGGGUGUUGGCCCACAUGACCCUACACCAGGAAUUCCUUAUCAAAUCCAUGUAACAACGGGAGAUGUGCGCCAUGCUGGGACGUCUGCCAGGGUGUAUGUGGAGAUGUUUGGAGGGAAGGGUGGCAAUGAAACCAGCGGGAAGAUCUGGCUGGAGAAUGGGAAGUUUGAGAGAGGAAGGACUGAUAUCUUCAAUGUAGAGGUCCUGUCCUUGCUGAGUCCACUGUCCAAGCUGGUCAUUGGUCAUGAUAACUCAGGGUCUGGAGCUGGAUGGUUUUUGGAGAAGGUCAUUGUGAUUUGCCCACUGUCAGGCUAUGAGCAGCACUUUCUGUGUGGAAAGUGGUUUGCAGAUGAUGAAGAUGAUGGUGUUAUAGAAAGGACACUGUAUGAGCAUGAGUCUCUCAGGAAGAAAAAGAAGAAAAAGGACACCUGGUUUGCGCGUAUCUACACCAGUGACAUACGGGGUGCUGGCACAGACGCCAAUGUCUACAUGGUGUUGUAUGGAGACAAGGGGAAAUCAGAUGAAGUUAAACUGGACAAUGAGACUGACAACUUUGAACAGGGCCAAGUGGACAAGUUUAAGAUUGAAUUAGAUGAAGUGGGCAAGCCAUACAAAAUGAGAAUACGCCAUGAUGGCAAAGGGUCUUUUGCUGGCUGGCAUUUGAACAAGGUUGAACUGGAGAAUAUGCAAACCAAGAAGAAGUAUGUGUUCAACUGUGACCAGUGGUUGGCUGAGGAUGAGGGUGAUGGUGAAAUUAUAAGAGAGAUGCCAGCAGAGGGAGAGGAUAUCAAGAAGCCUAUGCCAUUGGUGACAUACAAUGUAGAGGUGCACACAGGCAAAAAGUUUGGUGCAGGGACAGAUUCCAAUGUCUUUAUAAAUCUGUUUGGAGAGUUUGGUGACACUGGAGAGAGGCCACUGAAGAAAUCAAAAGCGAACAUGAACAAAUUUGAAAGGGGAAAUGUGGAUGAGUUUAUAGUGAAAGCAGUAACACUGAAAAAGUUGUCCAAGAUUCGUAUUGGACAUGAUGGCUCCCAGGCAGGAGAUGGCUGGUUUCUAGACAAAGUAGUGGUCAAACAAGAGGGUUCAGACAAAUAUGACACAGUGUUUGAAUGUAAUCGGUGGCUGGCUUCAGAUGAAGAUGAUGGUCAGAUAGUGAGAGAGAUCACUGCAGGAGGAUCUCAGAUGCUUGCAAGCUGUGAAGAUAAAGAUGCUACAACCUAUCACAUCCACACUAAGACAGGUGAUGUCCGAGGUGCUGGAACUGAUGCUAAUGUGUUCAUCUGGAUAUAUGGUGCCAAGAACAAAACAGGCAAACUACAACUCAAAACCUCAGAGAAUUACAAGAAUAAAUUUGAAAGGGCCAAAACAGAUGUUUUCAAGCUGGAGACCACAUAUGUUGGAAAGAUUGAGCGUAUCCGUAUCGGUCAUGAUGGCCAGGGUGUUGGCGCAGGCUGGUUCCUAGAUGGUGUUAAUAUAGAUGUGCCUUCCUAUGGUGAGCACUACGAGUUCUCAUGUCAUCGCUGGCUAGCUGAAGAUGAGGAAGAUGGACAGAUUGAAAUAGAGCUGGAACCAACAGAAACCAGGAAAGGAGACUCAUUAAUCCCCUAUGAGGUGACAAUAUGGACAGGAGAUGUGAGAGGUGCUGGCACUGAUGCCAAUGUCUUCAUGCAAAUGUAUGGAGAGACAGGGAAGACAGAGGAAUACAAGCUGGACAACAAGACAAAUAAUUUUGAACAGGGCAUGAUUGAGAAGUUCAAGAUUGAAGCAGCAGACAUUGGUCCUCUGGUGAAAAUUCGUAUUGGCCAUGAUGGUGCAGGAGCAUUUGCUGGAUGGUUUUUAGACAAGGUACUCAUUCAGAGGACACCGGCCAAAACCUCCAAAAGAAACAAGAAACUUGCAGAGAAGGCCAAAACAAAGAAGAAAGUUAAGCGGAAGGACAAAAAUAAAGAUGAGGAAGAGGACGAUGAGCAAAAAGAUGAUGUUGUAGAUGAGACAGAAGAUUACUGGUUCUUGUGUAACCGCUGGUUUGCUAAAGGAGAAGAUGAUGGACAGAUUGUGAGAGAAUUGAUGGCUACGGAUGAACAGGGAAAACCCUUGCAUGAUAUGGAGGAAAUUGAGUAUAAGGUGAAAGUCCACACAGGAGACAUAAUGGGAGCAGGAACAGAUGCCAAUGUCUUCAUCAACAUUUCUGGAGAAAAAGGUGAUACUGGAGAGAGGGCGCUGAAAGAUUCACAGAAUAUCAACAAAUUUGAACGCAAUGUUACGGAUGAAUUCAUUGUAAAAGCCAUAGAUCUUGGCAAACUGAAAAAGGUGAAGAUUCGCCAUGACAACAAAGGUGGUGGCGCCGCCUGGUUUCUGGACAGUGUGGAGGUGGAGGACGUCAAGAGUAAGAGAAGCUACUACUUCCCCUGUCAGAGAUGGCUGGCCACUGAUGAAGAUGACGGUCAGAUCGCUAGGGACCUGGUGCCUGUGGACAAGAAACUCAUGGGCUUGAACAGAAAGGGCUCAUUUGCUGUCAGGCAGGAAAUUGCACUGGAGACCAAAGCUGCCAUGACAACAUACCAUGUGAUUGUUGUGACAGGCAAUGUUUGGGGUGCUGGCACAGAUGCAAAUGUUUAUGUUGUACUCUAUGGAGAGAAAGAUGACACAGGACAAAUGUUUUUGAAAGUCUCCAAAACCAACAAAGAUAAAUUUGAGAGGGGGAAAACAGACGAGUUUGUAAUUGAAGCAGUUGACAUUGGAGAACUGAAGAAAAUCAAAAUUGGCCAUGAUAAUGCUGGUGGUGGUGGUGCCUGGUUCCUAGAACGUGUGGAGAUUGAUGCACCAUCUUUAGGUAGAAAAUGGUACUUCCAAUGUGGACGUUGCCUGGCUUUGGAUGAGGAUGAUGGACAGAUAGAGAGAGAGCUGUAUCCACAAGAGCUGGCAACAGAGGCUUAUGAAGCUUGUGUUCCUUAUGAGAUAACCACCUAUACCAGUGACAUGCGGGGAGGGUCUACAGAUGCUGAUGUAUAUGUUGUGCUGUAUGGUAAAGACUCCUGUACACAACAGAAAUCUCUGUGCAGUAGCAAGAGGGAGAGGAAGCAAUCAUUUAACAAGGGAGCUGUUGACAAGUUUGUACUUGAGCUUGAAGAUGUUGGGGACACUAUAGAAAAGAUCCGUAUUGGACAUGAUAACUCUGGCUUUGGUUCAGGUUGGCAUCUCUCCAAGGUGGAGGUCAGGAGACUGAAGGACACUGGGAAGGGUUCUGUAACAUAUGUAUUCCCGUGCAAUCGCUGGCUAGCCAGGGACGAGGAUGAUGGAGCUAUAGCAAGGGAAUUGGUCGCAGAGAAAAUCAUUGAAGAGAAUGUGAAGAAAGAUGGUACAGUGAAGAAGAAAGAAUUGGACACGGGAGAGAAACUGAAAAACAAAAAAUACAUUGUAAAUGUGUACACUGGGGAUGUCCGUGGAGCUGGAACCGAUGCCAAUGUUUUUAUCACAAUCUUCGGUGACAAAGGAGAUAGUGGAGAGAGAAAACUGCUCCAUUCAGAGACCAACAGGGAUAAAUUUGAAAGGAAACAGGUUGAUAAGUUCAUCUUGGAAAUAGUUGACCUUGGCAAGGUGUUCAAGAUGAAGAUUCGCCAUGACAACGCCAAUCUGAUGGCCGACUGGUACCUGGACAAGGUGGAAGUCAUUGACCAGGAUGAAAACGAGACGUACACUUUCCACUGUGAGCGAUGGCUGGCCAAAGGGAAGGAUGACGGCAAGCUGGAACGAUCACUCUAUGUAAAGGGCUAUGAUGGAGACAUGUCCAGUAUGGCCACCAUGUCCAGAUUUGGGUCCAUAGGAAGUCUAGACUCUGUCAAGAGCACAGAUCCUUUCUCCAAGAGCCCACGUCUUUCCAGAAGACAGUCUGCCAUAUUGGAAAAUGUCCCAGAGGGACCAACUAUCCCGUACACAAUCAAGGUGACCACUGGAGAUGGAGAUGACAAUGGCACCAGCAGCAAUGUGUUUAUCAAGAUCAUGGGAGCCAAGAAAGGUCUCCACACAGGACAGCUGCCACUGGAGCUGGUGCAGAAGGAGAAGUUCAUGCCUGGCUCCAUUGAGACAUUCUCUGUGGAGGCUGUUGAUGUGGAGGAGGUGAAGAAAAUAGAGAUUGGUCAUGAUGGAGUAACCCCAGGGACUGGCUGGUUCCUGAAGGAGGUUGAUGUGGACAUGCCAACCAAGGGAAAACACUACUACUUCAACUGCAAACAGUGGCUGGCCAGAGACAAGGGGGAUGGGAAAACCAGCAGGGUCUUCAGCUUGCAGGAUGGGGAGAGUUCUAUGGUCUCUUACAAACCAAUGAUACCUUGUGAGUUGACAGUCUACACAGGAGACAUGCAGGGAGCAGGAACAGAUUCUAAAGUCAGCAUCACAGUGUUUGGGAGUACAGGUACCACCCCAGAGAUCAUACUGGAGAAGAAUGGAGAGAGGUUUGAGAGGGGCAAGGUAGACCUGAUCAAGCUGGAGCUUGAUGAAAUUGGUGCAAUAAAGAAGCUGAGAAUUGGCCAUGAUGGAAAAGGCAGUCGCUCUGACUGGUUCCUGGAAAAGGUUGAAUUAAGAAAUAUGGAUACUGGUGAUCUCACUGUGUUCAAGUGCAAUGACUGGCUGAGUAAAAACAAGGGAGAUGGGAAAAUUUCACGUGACCUGGCAGCUACGGUCCGAGGAAAGCAACAGAUCAAAAAAACAAAUUACAAGAUCAAUGUCAAGACCAGUGACGUCAAAGGUGCAGGAACAGAUGCCAAUGUUUACAUCAUUCUCUUUGGUGAAAAUGGUGACUCUGGGGAACUUCAUCUCAAGACUUCGGAGACAUACAAAGAUCCCUUUGAGAACAACCAGAUUGAUAUAUUUACAUUCAGUGACUUACUGAGCCUUGGGGAGCUCAUGAAAUGCCGUGUGUGGCAUGAUAACAAAGGCUUUGGAGCUGCUUGGCACUUGGAUUACAUAGAAGUAGAAGACUUGGGCAGCAAGAAAAAGUACAUUUUCCCUUGUGGUCGCUGGCUGUCUACAAAGGAGGAUGACAAACAAAUCAUUCGGGAACUCUCCUGCUCCAGUCCCUCCACUCCAGGGUCAAAGAAAAAACAAAACACCUAUGAGAUUACUGUGACCACCAGUGAUAAGAAAGAUGGUGGCACUACCCAGAAUGCCUGGCUGAUCCUGGAAGGAGAGGACAAGAAGAAAUCCAAAGAAUUCUUGAUGGAGAACAGCGCUAAAAAUAAGAUACUCAGGAGGGGUCAAACUGAUGAGUUCAAGAUGACCAGCAAGAACCUGGGGAAACUGAAACGUUGCUACCUGGGUGCCGUGGAAAGGGAGGACAAACCACUGCAGGAUGCUCAGGGACGGGAGGCCAUGUGGCACUGCCAUGAAGUGGUUGUCACGGAUACUGCCUCAGGGAGCAAAUAUGUGUUCCCAUGCAAAAGCUGGGUAAAAAUAGAAAAUGAGAUAGACAUUGACUCUGCCAAGAUUCUUGAAUUGAAGACAAUGGAAGAGGGAAAAGUUAGUGUUGUCAGAUCCCUGGCCAACGUGAAAUACAAAAUCAUAGUCAAAACUGGAGAUGAGUGGGGAGCAGGCACCAAUGCCAAUGUGUUCAUGACCCUCUAUGGAACCAAUGGGGACACUGGGAAAAGACAGCUGGACCAGAAGUUCAGGGAUUUGUUUGAGAGGAACCAAACGGAUGAGUUUGAGAUUGAAGUAUUAGAUUUAGGUGAACUGACCAAGAUGAGAAUAGAACAUGAUAAUUCAGGUUUCCGACCAGCCUGGCUGCUAGAAAAAGUGGAAGUCAUUAAUCAAGCCACCAACAAAUCAACAAUUUUCCCCUGCAAUAAAUGGUUUGACAAGAAAAAGGGAGAUGGUGAAUUGAGUCGAGAUCUACUGCCUGCAUCCGAUAGUUAACAAAUUUUAGGAUUUGUACUUUUAUGAUAAUUCACAUUGAAUUGAGAUUUAUUGAAGGCAGUUGAUGACAGAAACAGGAACACCAGUUUGUUUUGUUAUGUAUUUUAUCAAAUUUGAUUAUGCAAAAAGUGCUACCACAUUUAUAUUUCAUAAGUUCCUUUUCAUGAAAACCAUCUAAAUUCAGAUUUCUAAAUGUUUGAGAUUUCAUACUUAUUAAGCAAACAGAGACUAAAGCAGCCUAAAGGUGAAAUCCAAAUUUCUGACUGGGUAAAAUUUGCUGUCAGCAUGUAGAUAUUCCGGUCUUACUGUACAUAUAUAUUAUUUUGAUAGAUGUAUAUGUAUAUUGUUUGCUUUUAUACACUACUUAUAUUCUUACUGUAUGUCAUUGAGAACUUUUGAUAGCCAUUUAUGUAGCUAAAAUUAUGAAGAUAUUACACCAUACUAAUAACUUUCACAUUGAAAUGUAAGAUUUUGAAUAGAUCUAGUAGAAGGUAUAAGCAGGCCUUGAUAUAUUCUCUAGAAAUUAUUUUUAUAGCCCCAAGUUAAUUAAUACAUGUUAACACUGUGUAUAUUGUGAUGUGCUUAUUAACCACAGUUGAGAUCUUUGUCUAUAGCUUUUCAGGGAUGUGUAAAAAAUGUUUAUUAAGAACACAGUGCCUUGAAACCAUAUGUACAGUAUACCAGUUAAACCAUAUUUUAUAUCAGACUGGUGAUAUACACAAUGUUGGUCAUAAUGCUGUCCUAAUUGCUGUGAUCUUAACCAUUUUUAUAAUCUUAUAAAACUUUUUUGAUUGAUAAUUAUUUAGCUUGUUCAGACAUGCACUGGUAAAUCAUUCACAUUCCACUUCUGUACAGUCUUUGUAUGUGUAAUUCUCUGUGUCAUAUUUUUAUACUGAAAUCCAUUUAUGAUCUUUUAGAAAGAACACUCUGAUUAUUUAUGGUCACAUAUUUACAGCUAAUUUUUAAAAAUGUAAUCUUUAUUCUUUACAAUGUAAUUUGAUUUCAUUGUUGCUUAUUAAGUCUUUUUUUAAAGCAUUUGCAAUGCUUUUAGUUUUAUGUUCUGUAUAAUGUGAUAUAAUUCCAUUAUGGCAACUGCUUUUAAACACUUUUGUGAUUAUUUCAAGAUAUAUUUGACCAAGAUAAAUUAAUGGAUUAUUCCAACUUCUUGGAGGUCACUGCCAUUGUCAAAUUGAUAGUAACACUAAAUUCAGUUAAAAUGUAACUUACAAAACCAAAAUCCACCAAAAGUUGCACGAGAAGUGUGCAUGCUUAAAAUACUGUUGAACUGUAGCAAUAGGUGCUAGAGUGUGUCACAGUUAUAUUCAGUUAUUUUACCAACAGUGGUAUGAAUUUAAAAAACCGUAUAGGAUACAUAAAACAGAUGUGUUAUUGUUGUUAUUAUUGUUGUUUUUGUUGUUUUUUUUUAUCCCAGGAAGUUGGGUUUUAUAAACUAAAUGUACAACUAUAGUAUUAUUUUCAGAGAUAUCAUACCACUUUUUUGCCAUUUUAGAAGAAGUGAAAAAUAGUCAUCAUCUUUUAAUUUUCAACUUAAAUGCCCUUGUCAUUUAGUUAAAUGUCAUAUAUAUGUAUAUCAAUUUUAUACAUUAUUGUAUUUUUUAUUAUUAUUGCUAUAGCUGUAAUUAAAAGUUACCAGUUUUGUGCAAUAGUUUUAGAAUUGAACAGCAAUCUAUUGUAAAAAUAUUUAUCCGUCCAGAAAAUAAAUUGUUAGAUGUUUACUUCAAUGUAAAAUAAGUGUUUCCUUUUCAUUAUGCUUGUGGAAGACUGUCAGCCAUCAGUGAGAUAUAUGGAAUUUCACAUAAAUGGUCUGCUUAAUUUGGGAUACUGCUUAAUUGCUAUAAUUUUCUUUACUUGUUCUUGAUUGAAUUCAAAACUGAUGAACUGAUGUUAGUCUUCCAAUACCUUCAGACAUGGAGAUGCUUUUGCUAUGAC